UUCACGUGACAGACCGUCGCCCAGGUUGUGUCGAAAGCAUCCUAGUGUUAGCAGCAGCAGCAGCUAGCUUCACACAAUAUAUACAAAGUUAGAUGUAAAUAUUUUCGUCAUGGGCGAAUCAUUAACUCGAAUCUAGUGGAGACAGAGAAGAUACGGAACCGCUCAUACAUGGUCACGCAAACAUGCUCUGAUAGCUGUCGGACGCGGCCAGUUUACACAGGGAACUAAACAUUAGCGUAAGCCGACGUUCAAACUUUGACGGGCAACAAGCUAGCUGCUAGUUUGCAAAUUUACUACUACCGCACAGCUAGCUAGGUAACCCGUCUUGUUAUUGAAACAGUUGUGCUAACUUGCUUGCUCUAAAGGUGUUCACACACUUAAUGGUAACUUGAUAUUUUUUUACCCGUCGUUCGUGUGUAACUAACGGUUACGUUAUUUCCAAAUAACGCCGGCUAAGUGAGAAAUAUUAACUGACGUUCCUGUUGUGCGGUAAAUGCUAACGCUAGCCAGUGUAAGUUGCUCAUCAGCUGUUGAUAACACACACAGGAAAUAAAUAAUCAUUGUCGGUGGUUAAUUUAAUAAAGCAGACAUACAGUGCACGACUGCAAUUUGAAUAGCAACACGACUGUUUUUUUCAGUUUUUGAUUUCGGUUAAUCAAACGAGAUACAUAAUGCGAAACAAUACAAUGUCAAAGGCGUGGGGAUUAAUGUUGGGAAAGCAGUAUUGUCUAGAAAACACUGCUGCUCGGUCAUUUCGAUAGUCCGUACAUACAUGAUGCAGUAACCACAUUAUUUGCUUUUAUUUUAAUUGUUGAAACCUGCGGGCUCAUAUUUUGGAAAUAAGAAAACAUUUGGCUUAAACCGUCUGUAGGCAACAGUCUACUUUUCUUUGCGUUAUGUCUGGCGACACAUCCAGUAGUAGUGAUGACUCCGACGCAAAACCAAAUAAAAAGGCCUGCACCGUCAAGCAUCAUAUCACCAAUGCCAACCUCACAGGUCACACUGAGAGGGUCGGCAUGGAGAACUUUGAGCUGCUUAAAGUCUUGGGCACUGGAGCCUAUGGAAAAGUGUUUUUGGUCAGGAAGAACAGCGGUCACGAUGCGGGCCAGCUGUAUGCUAUGAAGGUGUUAAAGAAAGCAGCUAUUGUUCAAAAGGCUAAGACAACAGAACAUACUCGCACUGAGAGGCAGGUGCUUGAAAACAUCCGCCAGUCUCCCUUCCUGGUCACGCUCCACUAUGCCUUCCAGACACAGAGUAAACUGCAUCUCAUCCUGGAUUAUGUGAGCGGUGGGGAGAUGUUCACACAUUUGUAUCAGCGGGAUCAUUUUCCUGAGGAGGCAGUGCAGAUUUAUAUUGGGGAAAUAAUUCUUGCUUUGGAGCACCUGCACAAGCUUGGGAUUGUUUACCGAGACAUCAAGUUGGAAAACAUUCUUCUCGACAGUGACGGCCAUGUGGUAUUGACAGACUUUGGACUCAGCAAAGAGUUUCUGGAAGAAGAGAAGGAAAGGACCUACUCUUUCUGUGGCACCAUAGAGUACAUGGCGCCUGAAAUCAUUAGGGGAAAGACUGGGCAUGGCAAGUCAGUAGAUUGGUGGAGCCUUGGGAUUUUGAUGUUCGAGCUGCUGACAGGAGCAUCUCCGUUCACCUUGGAGGGAGAGAGGAACACCCAGAGUGAAGUGUCAAAACGCAUUCUGCGCUCUGAUCCACCUUUCCCUUCCAUGAUUGGACCAACUGCUCAGGAUCUGCUGAGGAAAUUGUUGGUGAAAGAUCCCCACAGGAGACUGGGCUCCGGCCCCCGAGGGGCUGAAGACAUCAAAGCACAUUCCUUCUUCAAGGGACUGAACUGGUCUGACUUGGCAGAGAAGAAGAUGUCAAGUCCGUUCAAACCAGAGCUAAAGAGUGAACUGGAUGUGGGAAACUUUGCUGAGGAGUUUACUGGGAUGGAUCCUGUUUACUCUCCGGCGAGCACACCUCCGAGCACUGACCGUCUGUUCAAGGGCUACUCGUUCAUCGCUCCCUCCAUCCUCUUCAAUAAGAACGUUGUCAUGGGAGAUUUUGUAGAUGCCCAGAUUGGUGCUGAUCGACCAGGUUCGGCCUCAGUCCAGCACAGUGCAAUGUUACAGGAGUCGCAGUUUUUUCACCACUAUGAGCUGUGUCUUCACGGGCCUCCCUUAGGUGAGGGUAGUUUCUCGGUGUGCAGGAAGUGCAAACACAAGCAAAGUGGCCAUGAGUAUGCAGUCAAGAUUGUGAGCCGCAGAAUGGAGGCAAACACUCAGAGGGAGAUUGCUGCUUUGAGACAAUGUGAAACUCACCCCAACAUUGUCAAGCUACAUGAAGUCUACACUGACCAGUACCACACAUAUUUAGUGAUGGAGCUUCUGCGCGGUGGGGAGUUGCUGGAAAGGAUCAAGCGGAAGAAGCUUUUUGGCGAGGCGGAGGCCAGUCAGCUGUUACAGAGCCUGGUCUCAGCGGUCAGCUUCAUGCACGAGGUUGGAGUCGUACACAGAGACCUCAAACCAGAGAAUGUGCUGUUUUCAGAUGAAGGGGAGGACCCUGUGCUGAAAGUAAUAGAUUUUGGAUUUGCCCGCCUGUGCCCUGCAGGCAGCGCCCCGCUGCAGACGCCCUGCUUCACGCUGCAGUACGCUGCACCUGAACUUUUUGAUAGUGCAGGAUACGACAAGUCCUGCGAUCUCUGGAGUCUCGGGGUCAUCCUGUACACCAUGCUGUCAGGCCAGGUGCCAUUUCAGAGUGAGCAGCGUGGGAUGACCUCAUCCUUUGCUGCUGACAUCAUGCAAAAGAUAAAAGAGGGCGAUUUUUCAUUGGAUGGCGAGGCCUGGAAGGGUGUGUCAGAGGAUGCUAAAGAGCUUGUUAAAGGUUUGCUAACUGUGGAUCCAGAGCAUCGUCUCAAACUAUCUGAUCUGAAAGAAAACAGCUGGCUGCAGGGCGGAGCUUCCAUGUCCACCACUCCAUUAUGCACUCCAGAUGUGCUUGAGUCCAGCGGGCCCACUGUUCGCACCUAUGUUAAUGCUACUUACAAGGCUUUCAACCGUGGCAAGAGAGAGGGCUUCUUCUUGAAAAGUGUCGACAACGCCCCCCUCGCAAAACGAAGGAAGCUAAAGAUGACGAGCACGGGCGUAGAGACCCGAUGGAGUUCCUCCUCUUCUUCCUCCUCUUCUUCCACUUCAUCUUCUGCUUCUGCAGCAGCGUCCAAAGUGCAGACAAAACAAACUGUGACCCCAAAGAAGAGCUAGCCUCAACGGCGUGGGACAAAACAGCUGGGAAAUGAAGUGGGUAUGUGUUUACAACAACUACAUGAAGUCCUCCAGUGGUGAUGGAGUAACUUUCAGAAAGAAACACACUGUUAGAUAUCAAAAGACUGAUUUAGGUCAUUGUUAAGUUUUCAACAGAAAACAUUUUAACACCAUGUCACAUUUUCCCCUUAAAACCAAACAUGUAUUGUCCUUACAUGGAAGGAUAAGGAGCUGGUAGAGGUCUAGUUUUCUAUUUUUACACUUAUACAGUAUUCACUCACCUUAAUUUGGUGACACUACACUCUAAAAUCUAGGAAUGACGGUUUUACCUAUCUUGAGGUAAGAAAAAUAGUGCCUGGCGAUAAUAGGGAUAAAGGGAAAAAAGGAGCCAUAAAUGAGCAGAAGCCAUAUAUAUACAGUAUAUAUAUAUAUAUAUAUACAUACAUAUAUAUAUGUAUAUAUGUGUAUGUAUAUAUGUAUAUAUAUAUAUAUAUACAUACAUAUAUAUGUAUAUAUGUGUAUAUAUAUAUAUAUAUGUAUAUAUAUAUACAUAUAUAGCAAGGCAGUGAAUACAUGAAUUUGAGCCGUUUUUUAAUUGUGAAUACACACAUUUACACAAAGCAAUUUUUGCCACACUUAUGCACACUUAUAAUGAUUGGUAGACAAUAUGGCAACACUUAAUACCCUCCUGCUUAAAAUGUAAAUGAAAUCCUGGUGUUUAGGAUAUUGGGCAAGAAUAUAUCUCAGCACUUUUGAAUUGAAUGUAAAUUUUAAGAUCAAAUGAUUUUUUUAAAAAGCAAAUUUUCUGGAGGGAAUGAGCACAGAGGGACAUUUCUGUGUUGUGUAUAUACCUAAGAGAAUAAUACUACAGUAAACUCUAUUUGAUACUGGUUUAAAUGAUCUUUAGUCCAAAUAAAUGCACCUCCAAUACACUACCAACUCUGCAGAUCCCCCUGAACAUAGUGUGGAGCAUACGAUUUUCGAUAGACUGCUCUUAGUGAUUCGGUAAACAAUCAGCGUUUGACUUGAAGUGUUCGCAGUACUAACCAUGUGUCCAACUGAAGCAGCUGUAGAAAGACACAGACCCCAUUUAUAUCUGGUAUUAGCAUUUCUCCUGAGUGAUCCAAUCGGACACGGACAGCGAUAAGUCCCGGUUUGGACACUCUCAAUCACACCUGAAUGUGUUUCUCUUGCAGCCCACAUAAUGUGUGUCCAUGCACCGGAGCUGCAUAGACGCAGUCCAUCCUCUUUUCUUUCUUUUUUUUACACUAAUCAGCACUCAAUUGUUGAUUUGUUUGGAGCCACUGCCACAUAAUACACAUGCUACAGCAGCGUGAGUUGUGCUUUGAGGCGCACGCACACAAACAUGUUGAUAUCAGACACAUCUGUGCAGCCAGGCUGGUUAAAAACCUUAUUUUGUUCUUGGUAAAAGACAUGAUGUCAGUGUGUAUUUGUAUAAAUAGGGAGUGGGAAGUGAAAUUGGAUCCCAUAUGGUCACUGGAGACAUAUCGGAGAUAUAUUUGAAUGCCCGGUGUGAACAGCUGUAAUCAGUGCUGUCUGCAUGUGAUAGAAUCGCCGAGGACAGAUGUCAAUAUCAGGUCUGAAUGUGGUCAUGAAUACAGAGAUGGAAGCUGUCAUGAUACACAGUUGGAUUUCUUAUUAUAUUUAGCUGUAAAUGUCCUUGCAUUCUUGUGCUGGUCUGAACACGUCUAGCAUGCUAAUCUGUUGUGAUGAUGAACUAUAAGGUUGUUUUUCUAUAAUUUUGGGUAUGUCUGACUUACUAAAAUGUCAAUUAGAAUUGUUUUUUUUUAGGCUACAAAGUGCAGCGAACAGACCGGAGUAAAAUCCAUAUUACUGCCUUGCGCUUGAGAAUAAAAAAAACAAAACAAGAAGCGGUUUACGCACAUGCAGCUGCCAUCUUAAGUGACACAGUCGAUUGAGCUCAGCGUGCCACUGCCCGGGCUCCAAAGGUCACCCUAUUUGUCUUUUUACAUAAGUAGUUUUAAAACAUUGUACAGUUUUGCAAUUCAAAUCACAUCACAGAACAAGACACUUAAAUAUGACUUUAGAACGACCGUCCCGUGAGGUCCGCCGUGUAAAUACUCAUCAAUGAUUUAAAGCAAAAAAAACGAAACAAAAAGAAAGAUGUAUGUUAUGGUUUAAAUGUUUUAUUUUCCCACACGUUGCACAGUCAGAUGAUCAAUUAAACACAUUUCAGCUUUAAAGGUGCUUUUACUGAUAUUUAUUACAUGUAGUUGAUUUGAAUGCUGUGGUAAUGGGAUUAUGAUUUUGUAUGAGUGUCGCGUGUGUGUCUGUAUGUGUGUAAGAGGCAAUACAUGAGUGCCGCCGGGAGAAUGGUUGUUGUACCGCUAUCUUUGUACCAGAUGAAGCAUUUUUUGCAAGUUACUGUAUUGUUUUAUUUCUCUCGUUUGCCGCCAUUGUCUCUGUAAAGGUAACUGGUUGUUUGUGUUUGGACAUUUAAUUUUGACUUAUGAAACUGCUUUUUAUUGGUGUUGAUAUUCUUUUGAUGUAGUAAAUGUCACAAUAUUUCUCUCUCUUCCCUUCAUUGAGCAUUAUUAUUUCACUGAGAUGCACUGUCACUGAUGUUGUAAGUGGGAAUUUUAUCUUUUGCACCAAGAUUUUUCUUUUCCUUUUUUUUUGGUUGGUGCAAAUUAAACAGGACUUUUAAAUAAA